AAACAGUUUUCCAACAGCGGCCCUAUAUUUGUCGAGUGUCUGUGUGAGCCCGCAAGGACACUAUUUAACCAGGUUAAACACCGACACUACAGCUUCGGGAGAAACGCUUGUUGGUUUUUGCGGCCACAUUUUGAAUGUGUGUAAGGCGAAAGCCUGCCCCGCCUCCAGGCAAACGGCAGGAGGGCAGAGACAGAGGAAAACAGCCAGCCGAGCGGAUAGUUUUGUUUUGAACAGGCAUUGUAGUGAGAGCUAACUUUUGUGGAGCUAAAAAGGCUUAGCUAACCACUAGCUUCAAAUAAAACAGCGCGACGAAAGACAUUAAAGCGCUUAUUGUGAACCUGAUAUAACGUCAGCUUGACAAAUAUGAUGACUCUGUCAUCCGUAAUAAGACCUCUCGUUUCCAACCUUAACCGACAGCUCGUCAGACAUGCCAAGAGUCAACGGAUAACGCCUGUCAGGAGAUGCAACCUCACUGCGUGCUCAAGCAAAUAUGUGCUGUCGCAGAUGCAUCCCAUGUGGCAGGGACCCCUCGCGAUACCAGGAGGUGAUCGUCAGUCUCCAAUCGACAUCGUUGUGCGAAAGAGCGUCUUCGAUUCGGAGCUGAAGCCUCUGGUCACAGAUUACGACCCACACACCUGCCAACAGAUCUGGAACAAUGGCUACUCCUUUCUGGUCGAGUAUGAUGACACUACAGACAAGUCCACGCUGAAAGGUGGCCCCCUGCAAGACAAAUUCAGGUUGUGCCAGUUCCACUUCCACUGGGGUGAGAGCAACGCCUGGGGGUCAGAGCACACCGUGGACAGGAGGCUGUUCCCUGCAGAGCUCCACUUGGUCCACUGGAACGCUGACAAGUACAGUUUGUUUGAGGAGGCAGUGAUGGAGGACAACGGACUGGCUGUUAUUGGAGUCUUUCUUAAGGUGGGGAAGAGACAUGAGGGGCUGCAGAAAUUGGUAGAUGCUCUGCCUGCUAUCAGACACAAGGACAGUAUAGUGGAGUUUAACAGGUUCGACCCAGUCUGUCUGUUACCCAGCAACACCGAUGACUACUGGACCUACCACGGCUCUCUGACAACACCCCCUUUGACAGAGUCCGUCACCUGGAUCGUUAUGAAGCAGCAUAUAGAAGUCAGCCACGACCAGCUGGCUGUCUUCCGGAGCCUUCUGUUUACAUCAGCUGAGGAGGAAGUACAGAAGAGUAUGGUGAACAACUUCCGUGUGCAGCAGUCUCUCUGCGGUCGCACCGUCCGCUCUUCCUUCACUCCUUUCCUACAGGAGGUGCCGUCGGCUGAAGAUGACAAACUCACCCACUGACAACGCUGGACCCAGUACACAAAGUAACGCACACCAUGACCACUGGUACACACAGUGACCAUACCAAAACUGCUUUCACUCUUUGAUAAUCUGCCAAGACUCUUCUUUUCUCACUCUGUCUCUCAUCACAUUUGAAGCAGAAAACAUAUUCAGUAUGACGAAGAUUCCUCAGAGGACCUUCAGUUAUACUUAUUUCUGUUUUUUCUUUCAUAGAGUGAAGAGAAUUUAUUCAUUUUUUAAUUACAAACGGUAAAGCAUUUUUACGUGGAGGAUGUAGGGAUACUUCUGUUUCUGGGUAGUUGAGAUUUUUAAUUUGUUUGGAUUUUUUUUUUGGGAGUGUUGCAGACCAAUAACCAAUAAGGGAUGUUUGCUGUGUGGAAAAUAUGUAGUUUUACUAACUUUCUUAAGCUGAUAUGAAAACUCAACAGCAGUGGUGUUUUUUUUAAAAUCCAUAUUAGGAGGCUGCUGCUUGUUUACAGCAGAAAGCCCAGGAGAUUUUAACAGACACACCUUGGAAGUGUGUCUCUCCAGUAAAAUACAUAAUAUAUCAAAUAAUGUAUCUAAUAUCAUCAAGGGCUUUUUUUAAAUCCCGUAUGGUGGUUUAUUGGGUUUAUCAUUAAUUCGGUCAUCUAUACAUUAGUAAAAUGAUUAGAAUGUAUAUUUUUUUGUAUCUGUUACAAAGAGAUUAUAUUACUGUAUAUGCAUUACAUCUGACAUUCAGAAACCUUUAUUUCUUUCAGUAUGUGACAUUCAAAAAUCCCUCACAUACAUUAAAGUAUUAAAGGAACUCUACUGAGCCUGGGGUCUUCUACUCAGACCUAUUAAUAUGUUACUAAUAAA